AUGGAGGCUUGCUCAUUAAGUGAACUAGGAUCCAUGGCCGAUGUUCCCAAGGAUCUACUAAAUGAGAUAAGGCGACUGGAAGACCAGUUUACUGUACCAAAAGAGAAACUUAAGGCUAUAACAUCUCACUUUGUCAAAGAGCUUGAAAAAGGCUUGAGUGUCGAGGGCGGCAGUAUUCCUAUGAAUCCUACGUGGUGUAUGUCAUUUCCGACUGGUGAUGAGCAGGGAACAUUUCUAGCCCUAGAUAUGGGUGGAACGAACCUUCGUGUUUGUGAGAUUAUUCUCACCGAGGAAAAGUCCGAGUUUGAUAUUAUUCAGUCUAAGUACAAAAUGCCUGAGGAGCUCAAAUCUGGAACUGCAGAAGAGCUGUGGGAGUACAUUGCCGAUUGUCUCUUGCAGUUUAUCGAGGCUCACCAUGGGAACGACACUUCUGAAUUGCCUUUGGGCUUUACAUUUUCUUAUCCAGCUACACAGAACUACAUUAAUCACGGGAUACUCCAGAGAUGGACCAAGGGAUUCGACAUCGAUCACGUUGAAGGACAUGACGUCGUCCCCAUGAUCGAAGCAGCUCUUGAAAAAAGGCAUGUUCCCAUUAAACUUACAGCUCUAAUCAACGAUACAACAGGUACUCUUAUAGCCUCAGCUUACACUGAUACGAAAAUGAAAAUAGGAUGCAUCUUCGGCACUGGUUGUAAUGCGGCAUAUAUGGAGGACUGUGGCUCUAUUCCUAAGCUAGCUCACCUAAAUCUUCCCCCUGACGCCCCUAUGGCGAUCAAUUGCGAAUGGGGAGCCUUUGAUAAUGAAAACAAGGUCCUCCCUCGAACUCCAUACGAUAUUAUAAUUGAUAAAGAUUCACCCCGUCCUGGACAACAAGCUUUCGAAAAAAUGAUCGCUGGUCUAUAUCUCGGUGAAAUAUUUCGCUUGGUCCUCGUCGACCUGCACGAAAAGAAAGGUGUCCACCUUUUUGAGAAUCAGAAUAUCGAGAAACUCCGCAAACCAUAUACUCUUGAUUCUUCAUUCUUGUCGAUGAUUGAAGAGGAUCCCUGGGAAAAUCUAUCGGAAACAUUUGAGCUAUUUCAAACCAAGCUAUCAAUCCGCACUAAUCUCUCCGAACUAGAACUUAUUCGUCGCUUAGCAGAGCUGAUUGGGACUCGGGCCGCGCGCCUCUCUGCAUGCGGAGUUGCUGCAAUUGCUACUAAAAAGGGUUAUAAAACAUGCCACGUCGGUGCUGAUGGUUCAGUUUUCAACAAGUACCCGCAUUUUAAGGCUCGUGGUGCAUUAGCACUGAGAGAAAUUUUAGACUGGCCCGCCAAAAAGAACUCCAAAGAAGAAGAUCCCAUUGAAAUUCUAGCAGCCGAGGACGGCUCUGGGGUUGGUGCAGCACUCAUUGCAGCCCUGACGCUUGAGAGAAUUAAAAAAGGCAACAUGGCCGGUAUCCUUCAUCCAAAAAGCCUCGCCUGA